UCGUGUGGCGCGCGUGCGCGAGGGCGGGACGGUUGACGCCUGGAGGCUGGUAGCCCAGGUGGCCUCCUCGCCUCGCCCGCCAGCCCUCGAGAACGGCCUCCCCCCGAACAGCGAGCGGAUCGCCGGGCCCGGAAAGGCAUCCGCGACCGAGGCCGCUUCCACCCCGUCCGGCCCGGGAGUCCGGGCGGGUGGACCCCCGACCGCCGCCUUGAGGACCCUCCCCCGGGGAUCUGUUUCGGGGGACCCCGCCCGCGGCGGCCCCAUGCCCGAGAAGCGGGUGACCCGCUGGUACUUCGGAGGCGUCGCGGCCUGCGGGGCCGCCUGCGUCACCCACCCCCUGGACCUGCUCAAGGUCCAUCUUCAGACGCAGCAGAAGGCCCGGCUGGGCUUUGCCAGCAUGGCGGUCAGAGUGGUCAGCAACGACGGCUUCCUGGCGCUCUACUGCGGCCUCUCCGCCUCCGUCUGCCGCCAGCUGACCUACUCCCUGACCCGUUUCGCCAUCUACGACACGGCGAAAGAUUACGUGACCGGGGGCCAGACGAGGCCCCUUCCCUUCUACCAGAAGGUGUUGCUGGCGGCGGUGGGAGGUUUCGCCGGCGGGUUUGUGGGGAGCCCAGCAGAGAUGGUAAAUGUAAGGAUGCAGAAUGAUGUGAAGCUGCCCCUGCAUCUAAGAAGGAAUUACGCCCACGCCCUCCACGGAUUAAGCCGGAUCAUCCGUGAAGAGGGAUUUAAGAAGUUGUACUCGGGAGCCACGUUGGCAUCAAGUCGGGGGGCUCUGGUGACGGUGGGUCAGGCAUCCGGCUACGACCAGGCCAAACAGUUAGUGUUGGCCACGGGAUUCCUCUCCGACAACAUCGUCACCCACUUUGUGGCCAGCUCCGUUGCCGGCGUCUGCACCACCUUCUUAUGCCAACCCAUAGACGUGGUCAAGACUCGCCUGAUGAACUCGCGCGACUACGAGGGGGUCCUUCACUGUGCGAUGGAGACGGCAAAACUCGGACCGCUGGCCUUCUACAAGGGUUUAUUCCCCGCCGCCAUCCGUCUGAUGCCCCAGACCGUCCUCACCUUCAUCUUCCUAGAACAGCUGCGGAAAAAUUUCGGGAUCGUCGUGGCGAACGCACCGGAGGCCGGCGAAAACUGAGGGCUUUCCGCCUCCGAGGGUCCAAAGGGCCAGGACGGUGUUUUCCUUUCGGGCUAGCGCCGUUUUCUACGCCUGGGUCUUUG